UUGAAGCUAGGCUCGAGCGAACAUUAAGCGAAUUCGCUCGGUGUUUGAUAGGAACAAAAUGUCAACCGCGUUUACAAAUUUCUGAUAUACAAAACAGUUCUUUUUUUCUCUCUCUCUUUCGUAUUCUUUCAUGAUUCUCGCACAUUCCUUAGUGCGUGAUCACUAAUCACAAUAAACAUGACCGCAAAUUCGGAAAUCGGUGAUCAUCUCGACGAGAUCUAUGACUGGAUCGACCAAAUCAAGUUUUCCAGACCUAAAAAAAAUAUAGCCAGAGAUUUUUCCGAUGGUGUGUUAAUGGCAGAGCUACUGAAACGUUAUUAUCCUAAAUAUGUGGAUGUACACAAUUACGUCGCCGGUAAUAGCGUUGCGAGGAAGAUCGAUAAUUGGUGCACACUUAAUCGCAAAGUAAUGUCAAAACUUGACAUGAGAUUGGGAAAAGAAACAAUUAAUCAACUGGCCAGUUCGCAACCAGGCAUUAUUGAGAAAGUUCUCACCGAUCUACGAUCCAAAAUUUUGAAAGACAGUAACGCCGACAGAGAAUCUUUGUACUCCGGUCAUGAGGACAGUGAAGAAAUGGUGAAGUCUGUGCUAAAUCCCGAUGAAGUAGCAAACAAAAGUGUUCCUCGACACAUUUUUAUUCGCCUAAAACAAGAGCUACACGAAAAAAACGAUAUGAUCUCCACAUUACAGCAAAAAAUCUCGCACCUGGAAAACAUAAUGAGGCUGAAAGAUCAGAGAAUCGAGGACCUCACGGUGCAAAUCACAAGGUUGCCGGUUGAGAGAAAUGCCGCUACUUUGCGUCCUCAUGUUAUCGGCAGUGGAAUCUCAAAACUACAUGCUUCUACCAAGUUGUCCGAAUAAAUCUUGACAAAAGAU